CACAUUCCCUAGUCGGGCAGGGCGGGUUGCAGAGGGUUGUCAGAGGGAGGGGGGAGUAAAAAGGGGAGGAGAGGCAGAGCAUUAAUUCACCCAGUGUGACAGUUGCUCUCCUAUUUAAUGGGGGGUCUCUGGUCAGAAGGACUCAGAAGUUCCUCCAGGAGAGCAGCAGCAUGACUGAGGAGCUGGGGCUGGGCUUUGAGGAAGCAGCCAGAGUAGAGAUGCCAGAGGCCAGGGCCAGGCUAGCAGCCAGCAACAAAACAUGCUUGGCUGUCAUCUGCUGCCUGUUGUCAUUUUCCAUCCUCGCAGGACUUAGCACCUUCCUGAUGCGUGGCCAGCUCCAGGCCCCUGGAAAAGACUGUGCACUGAGGGCUAUACAAGAACAGAAUUUGGAAACUUCACCACAGCCAGUUUACACACCUUCCAGAGCCAAGCCACGGGCACACCUGACAAUUCUUAAACAAACUCCAGCUCCACAGAUGAAAAAUCAGUUCCCCGCCCUGCACUGGGAGCAUGAACUAGGCUUGGCCUUCACCAAGAACCGGAUGAACUACACCAACAAAUUCCUGGUGAUCCCAGAGUCAGGAGACUAUUUCAUUUACUCCCAGAUCACAUUCCGAGGGCUCAAAUCCAGGUGUGGUGACACCAGCCAAUGGAGACAACCAAGCAGGCCAGACUCCAUUGUUGUGGUUAUCACCAAGGUAACAGACAACUACCCUGAGCCUGCCCACCUCCUCACAGGGACCAAGUCUGUGUGUGAAAUAAGCAACAACUGGUUUCAGCCCCUCUACCUUGGUGCUAUGUUCUCCCUGGAAGAAGGGGAUAGGCUGAUGGUCAAUGUCAGUGACAUCUCCUUGGUGGAUUACACAAAAGAAGAUAAAACUUUCUUUGGAGCCUUCUUGCUAUAAGGGGAAAACAACCAUAAUCAUGCAGGACCUCCUUGUGUCCUACUUCCCAAUUGUCUUUGCUCAUAUGAAACUAUAAUCAGGGCUUUGGGGGGAUCAGGAAUAGGGGACAGUGGUUUAGCUACAUAAUUUAGGAAUCCAAAGCUGAUCUUCUAUAUACCUUAUGGACUGAAACAGUAAAUGGAAAAUUCAGGAGAGCUCAUGUUUGGCCCAGACCUGCUGGGUUUUAAAAAUUGAAACACCCAUCUCCAAUGGCACAAUCUACUGCUCUCAGGACAUGAUGUUUCUGAGGUGCCCUCCUUCCUGUUUGUUGGUCAGGUGAGGAUGUGACUCCAGUCUGGCUACAUGGUCAGAAAUGGAGAAUGAAAUGUUCUGCCUGCAUCUGUCUCCAUGGUGCAUGAGCACAUCAAGCAACACAGACUUUCUGAAAAGGGCUUGCACAAAAGCAGUCAGAGUGACCUGCUCACCACCUCCACUAAACCCAAGCUUUGUGUCAUGGCCUUCAGGGCUGCCCAUGGGUGAUCUGGAUGGCUUGGAAGUUUAUCCAAGACAGGGAUCUCCUGGCAUCCUGAAAUUACAUAUAUAUAUGUAAUUUUCUGGAUUAUAUGUAUAUAAUAUAAUAUGUCAUAUCAUAUUUUAUUAUAUUAUAUUAUAUUAUAUAUAAUAUUAUUAGGAAUGCAUUAUCAAGCAUUCCUAAUUAGACUGAAACCAGCCCUUCUGUGUCCAAAGUGCUGUUCCCACAACAAACACCAGGCUACUGUUUUUAAAAGCAAGAUAGGAAAAUGUAUUUUUUAAAAAUAUGUGAUGGAGUCAGGGGUGUUGUUACACAUCUAUAAUCCCACCAUGUGGGAGACUGAGCCAGGAGGCUUGCCAUGAUUUUGAGGACAACCUGGGCUAAGUAGUAAUUUUCAGGCAAGCCGGGGCUAUCUUAAAAUCAAGAACCUUAUCUUAAAUUAAAAUACAAAAUAGAACACAGGCUGGUCUUUAAAGAUAAAGUAAUAUAUUCAAGGAUUUGGGAAAGGGGGCAUGUGUUUUAGAAAACAAUUAAUUUAGUGAGAAAUGCUUUGCUGGUUAAAUGCUUCUCAAAAGGCUGCUGAACUCAAAUUGAUUCCAUAAACAUUUUCUUAGUACUUACUUACCCUGGGGACAGAGAAAAAAAAUUAUUUUGGUCUCAGAUCCACUCAUUCUAACAGUUUGGCAUCUCCAUUGCCUGUGGAGCUUUUAAUCACUCUGGAUGCAUUAGCUAAUUAAUUAGGUAACUCAAGACACAUUGGUAUUUUUUUAUUAUGAAUAUGGGCACCAUUUGAUGAAGAUGAUCAUUAACAAAAUGAUUUGUAUUUCCUCUUGAGAAUUUUUAUAACAGCUAUACAAGGGCAGUCUCCCAUAAAUAAAUGAGAGGGGAAUGUAAGGCUACAAUUCCCUAUGAUGAGACCCAGCAUUGAAACAGCAAACACAAAGAAGUUGUUAUUUACUGACCUCAAAUUUUGACACAAACACCUUUGAAACUGCUAGAACUUUAUGGAUGCCUACAGGUGCAGAAAAGUCCAUGUUCCCAGCAAAAGCCAUAAUCAGCAUUCAUAAGUCACUUGAAUUUUGACCUUGGCUUUGGAUCCAUUUAGCAAAACACAAUUGUUAGGCUGUAAUUUCUGAGGUGAUUUUGUUAUUUUACUAAGGUAAAGUGGGAAAAGGGAAAGUGCACUUUUAGCACUUCAUCUCUUGAAACAUAAUCAGGUUCCACGCAUGCCAGAACCCUUGGAUCCAUUUCAGUGCAAACUACAUCACCCCAAAGGAAAUUCCAAUUCUGUGCUUGCCAGUAACUCCUCUGGAUUAUAGAAGUCCACGAGUUUGCUGUGCACAAGGCACAGCCAUUGCCAGCACUCUUUUGCAUGGUAUUUCUCUCAAGUACUUACUCAAUUAGAUUUCCAUGAUUGUGACACUGGGGAUUAAUUUCUAGAGCAGGUUUGCUUAUGUUCUGUCCCUUGCCAAAUACAUGCAGAUGUAUCUGGCCUCAAAAAUCCCCUGGUUUUUAGGGCUUAGAGUCCUGGGAGUGUUUUGCUGUUUUCCAUCCUAUUUAUUUAAAUUUGCAUUAUUGUCCUGAAUGUUAGCAGAAUUAUAACAUAUUGGCUGCUAGCCUUUGAAGAACUCAGUGAGCCCUUUGGUAGUGGUGACAGUAUUAGAUCAGAGUAGUUACACUGAUACCUUGGCCUGCUCUAUUAUAGUCAAAACUUUCUGAGCUCUGUGACACAUUUUGCCUCUUCCAUUUACCCAUACUGAGGAAACUCAGAAGCCCAAUUUGCAGCUAUUUUUCCAGAGCUACACAGUGUAUUAAUGGAAAAGCCAGAGCUAGAAGUCUUGUCUUCCAACGCUCUACUCUUGGCAAAUGGCACUCAAUUUGAUGCAACUAGAGGAGAUAUCGUAGAAAGGCAGAUGAAAUAUCUUUGACUACCUGUGGAGCAAUGUAGAAGAGUAAGGAGACUGCUUACACAUGGUGUUCAUACCUAAACCAAGUUUCUGCCUCCAAAUAGAUUUUUUUUUGCCUGGUAGUGAUUGCUCAUUCUCUGGAAAGAGUCAAGCAAAAGGAGAAUUUUGUAUAAGCUAUUGCAUCAUGGAGGUCAGAGAAGGGAUUAAGUCAAAGGAUUCCCAUUUCCAAAUCUAUGGCCAUGUAGCCACCCAUUGGAUCAUGACAAACUUGACAAGCCUACCAAGAGUUUGGUGGUUCCCGUUGAGCUAGAAGAGUUAUCUCUAAGCCCACCCAUCAACUCUGGGGUCUUGGCCAGUAGAGAAAAUGUUAUAGGAUUUUAGAGUUGACAUGCACUGCAAAGUUUAUCUAUCCAAACUUACAUCACUUCAAAAAUGAAGGAAUAUAGGCUAGAAGUGACAUAACUUGGUGCUGGGCAGUAGCUUGAUGGAAUGUUGAGACAAAACUCAAUUUCCUGUCCCCUGAUACCAUACUCAGCAGCCUUUUGAUGUGUGAAUUGUUGACUAAUUUGGGGGUUUUAUUUUGUUUUUUUCAUUUUUGGAGCACCUGCCACACCCAGAUGCUUUCAAGACAAUGGGGUCAGUGACAGGCAUUUGCAGCACUGCUGUGUGCACAUAGGAGGAAGGAGACCCACAGUAAUAAGUAAACAGAAUAGUGAACGUACAUGAUGUUAGUCUUAAAGUGAUUAAGACACACCAUUUUCCCCUCUUUUGUCUCAGAGGGCAUACAGGCUGAACAGACGUGUGUGUUUGCCUGAUUUUAGUGAUAAGCCCUAUGUGCUUUCAUUGGUUGUAUGUUUUAUGUUAAAACGUCACAUCACCAUGGUAAAAUGCAUAUUGUAUGUUGUUGGGUAUGUAAUUAACUAGUAUGCAUCCCAUGUAUGAAUUCUAAUCUCUGUAAAUGAAAGAUUAUAUAUGUUAACAUAUGUAAUAGUUGUAAUUUAAUAAACUGGCAUUGAAGGCUGCAGAAA